CGAUUUUCGCUCUUACCUGCACUUUCACUGGACGGUAUUAUUGCAUUGGAUAUCUUCGAAGGAUCAGUGAAUAAGGAGCGCUUCAUUGCCUUCGUGCAUGGGGAACUGGCUCCCAAGUUGACCCCCUAUCCGGGACCACGCAGUGUGGUGGUCAUGGAUAACUGUGCUAUCCACCACGAUGAAGAAAUCCGCCAGAUUGUGGAGGUUGAAUGUGGUGCGCAUAAAUCAUGUUUUGGGGUUCCUUGGACGGUUGACUGA